CCAUCAAACACAACAGUUCUCAAAGAUCGGGACGACGGCACGUGUUUGAAUGGCUCCACAACCAAUGUCACCGUGAACUUUGACACGAACGUCACGAUGACGUGGAUCAGAUUCAGUGUUAAACGGCCUGGUUAGAGAGUUUUCAUCUUAACGCAAACUGAACUUGUCUACGUCGGCCUAUGUUAGUUUUGCCUGUGUUUACGUUUGGUUUUCCUAUGUUAGUCAGAGCUGUGUCUUUGGUUUCCUUUGCUAUUCAGAGCUGUGUCUACUUUUUACUUUACUAGUCAGAGAUGUGCCCACGUUUCCUCUUGCUAGUCAGAGCUGUGCGGAAGUUUUCCUUUGCUAGACAGAGUUGUGCCUACGUUUUUCGUUUGCUAGUCAGAGCUAUGUCUACGUUUUCCUAUUUAAGUCAGAGUUGUGUCUUUGUUUAUCUAGGCUAGUCAGAGCUGUGCCUAAGUUUUUCUAUGUUAGUCAGUGUAAUGUGUUUGUUUAUCUAUCCUAGUCAGAGAUGAGUCUACGUUCCUCUAUGUUGGUCAGAGAGUUGUUUUUGUUUAUCUAAUGCUAGACAGAGCUGUUUACGUUUUCCUUUGUUAGUCACAGCUUUGUCUUUGUUGACCUAUGUUUGUCAGUGUUGUGUCUUUGUUUAUCUAUGCUGGUCAGAGCUGUGUACGUUUUCCUUUGUUAGUCACAGCUUUGUCUUCGUUGACCUAUGUUAGUCAGAGCUGUGUCUUUGUUUAUAAAUGCUGGUCAGAGCUGUGUCUACAUUUGCCUUUGUUAGGGAAGGAAAUAAGGUAAAGAUUACCUACAACCCAUAAUCCAUUCCCAGUGCAGCAAAACAGCCAUUUUAAGAGCUUUUAAAAUAAUGGCAAAACUACAAUAAUCACACGAAUUACUGAUUAUUAAAAAAUAUUAAUAUAUAAAAUUAACAUACUGUGGAAAUUUGAUGUUUAAAUAAUUUUCAACAGAGCUAAGAAAUAAUGUAACAAUGCUGUUGAAUGGUUCCCAAAACGUGCUGAUUGACUGCAAGAAAAUUUUUUUCAUCGACCAACGGACAGUGGAUGUUUUCUGUGAUUCAAAUGUGAUAGCUCGUCAGAUUACGUUGCUAGGAUCAGGAGUAGGCUCCCUGUGCUCUCUUUACUUCAGUGGAGGUAGGUGGUACUAGGAUCUAACUUUUAUUGAAAAAAAAGGAUUUUCGUCCUGUUAAUCUUUAAACACAUGUUUAACUUAUAUUUUAUAGGAAAUAUUGGAACAAGAAGCGUUUAGCUGGACACGAAGUUAUUAUGAUUAUUAUUACUUGUCUUACGUAGCGCGGAAUAUUUAUGUACAUUUAUAUAAUAAAGAACAGCUGUUUAACAGAAAAACAACAACAAACGCAUAUACGAAAUUUCUGUGCAAUUAUAUAGUCCCCAUUAUUACAUUAUAUAUAGAGUAUUACAUUAUUGGUCCAAAGAGAAUUAAUUGCGUUCCUUAACUGAUGGAAUUCAUUUAAAAAUCAUGAUUAAUUUAUGUUUAAAUUGUAAAAAAAAAUAUAAAAAAUUCAAAGCGGUAAUACAAAUUAAAAAGUGACAGAUGGAAUAUAAUAUGGCAUAAGGACAUUAUAAACUAUCCAAAUUAGGUCGAAAUGUAGCCUUGGGACGAAGCGCCUUGCAGUCUACCACGUACACUGAAGAAGCAGCUGCGAGAGCUAGCAAUGCUGUAGACGGUAACACAGAUGGACGGUUCUCAUCAGGUAGUUGCACCCACACAGGAGUAAACGAUCCCUCGCCAAAUUGGAAUGUGACGUUCUCCAAAAUGCAGCGCAUCCAUAAAUAUGUC